AUAUAGUCCACUGACCACCUCAAACAAAAUUGAGGAUCACAGAAUACUCGACUAAAAUGGACAUGGAGUCUGGGCCGCCAUCACCACCACCACCACAACCAAUAGCGCCGCCGUCAUCCACCAGGAAAUCAUGGCUGACAGGCGUUAACACAUAUGUCGCAGAAAGUCGGGCCGGGAAGCGCUUCAAGAUCGCCGAGCGAAAUACCAGCUUCUCCACCGAGCUCCGAGCCGGAACAGCCACGUUUCUCACUAUGGCCUACAUCCUGGCCGUGAAUGCAUCUAUUUUGUCAGAUUCCGGCGGCACUUGCUCAGUCUCGGAUUGCAUCCCACUCUGUUCAGACCCCUCUGUGCCGCCAUCUAACUGCACAAACAAUCCCAAUCUCCGCCUCGUGCAGCCUGACGUCUCCUGCAAGUUUGACCCCGUCAAUCCCGGCUAUGCCGCCUGCCUCGAGAGAAUCCGAAGGGACCUUAUUGUUGCCACCGUGGCAUCCUCCCUCAUCGGUUGCGUGAUAAUGGGCAUCUUCGCGAAUCUCCCUUUAGCAUUAGCCCCCGGAAUGGGCACAAACGCGUAUUUCGCUUACACAGUGGUGGGCUUCCACGGCUCCGGCAAUGUCUCGUAUCAAAGCGCACUGGCGGCCGUAUUCAUCGAAGGCCUAAUCUUCUUGUUCGUCUCUGCCAUUGGNUCGAUGGCACGUUUCGCCGGAUUCACGGACGAUAAUGGCAAUUUCGAGGGGCAAUAUUUCGCGUUCAUGUCCGAUGCAUCAUCCAUAGUUGUGGGUUCUUUAUUAGGCACGUCACCGGUGACUGUAUUUAUCGAGUCAUCGACAGGGAUACGAGAAGGUGGCAAGACGGGCAUAACCGCUUUGACAGUGGCGGCAUAUUUUAUGCUGGCAUUUUUCUUCACGCCGUUGCUGGCGUCAAUUCCGGCAUGGGCGGUGGGGCCGCCGCUGAUAUUGGUGGGCGUUUUGAUGAUGACUUCUGUGACGGAGGUGGAGUGGAAUGACAUGAAGCAGGCUAUUCCGGCGUUUUUGACUCUGAUUUUGAUGCCAAUGACAUAUUCAAUUGCUUAUGGUUUGAUUGGAGGUAUUGGGACUUAUAUUGUAUUGCAUUUAUGGGAUUGGGGUGAGGAAUUUUUGAAAAAAUCAGGAUUGAUUAAGGGUUCUAAGAGCGAUUCCCUUGUGAAUAAUGGAAUCUUAGAAGGGAAUAAUCAUUUGUAAAUUUAAAUUUUUAGUAGAAUUAGUAAUUGAAAACUAUUAUGUAUUUUUUAUGUAUCAUGGUUGACAAUUUA